UUGAAGGCUAAGAAACGCCGGGCUAAAAGACGACGCAAAGCAAAGGCGCAAAAGGCAAGCCAUUGUUGUGGGUCGUGCGCUAGGAAGAAAAGGGCAUGGCGUUCGGAGUUUCGAAGGCGUGGUAGGAUAGGGAUGGAAGAUGGCUGGAUAUGGCAUGCUGGAGACUGUAUUGGGUUGGAUGGUUUGGACCCAUGGCCAUCGGGCGAGCAGCCGAAGGCGAUCGACGACGGAGAUGCGAGCACGGGCGAAUGGCGCGCAUCGUGCCAUGAUGCGCGCGAGCAAGUGGUCGACACGCAGGCGGCGUUGGGUGCACGGGAGUGCGCGGUAGGAGAGCGGACCAGGGACGUCGACUGGGACGCGCUGGAGUUCGGCGGUGAAAGCGCAGGGCGCGAUAGGCGCGCGGGUGAGCAGUCUGCGGGUGUGCGCAGUACGUGCAACGCAGCAGAAUUGACGACCUCAGAAGUCGUUGCCCAGUUCCGAAGAUUCAAUGCUGAGAAAUUCUCGGGGCAAGGAGAUCCUCGUUUAGUCGAGGAGUGGAUUCAGGGUCUGGAAUCUAUUUUCGAGAUCACUGAAUACACAGACAGACACCAUAUUCUCUGUGCACAACUUCAGAUGACUGGAGAUGCAAGACUAUGGUGGAACUCUUACUGGGGCAUGCGUCCUGGUGAGAAGGAGCAUCUCACUUGGAUCCAGUUCAAGGAGAUGCUAGAAGAAAAGUACUAUCCAGCUCAUUACCGUGCUGAGAUGGAACGCCAAUUCCUGGCGUUAGUCCAAGGUAAUCGCUCUGUGGGCGAAUACGAGCGAGAGUUUACCAGAUUGGGAUCUUUUGUCA